AGCAAGGUACAUUUUCUCUCCUUAUAUAAGUUGAUGAAAUCAAGUAAAUCAAGAGGGAGAUAAAAGAUGCGUAUACUGUGGCUGACACUUCUCCUGGGAUCGUUAAUAUUGGCGGAAGAGCAGUAUUUCCUCAAUUCCAGUGCCAAAACAUGGGAUGAAGCAAGGGACCACUGUCAGGCCUGUUACAAAGAUCUAGCAACCAUCACUUGUAGGAACAUCCACCUCAUUUUGCAGAACCUCACUUCAGAAUACUGGAUUGGACUUCGCAGGAGAUUCAAUGGCUCAAUACCAUGGUCUAGAUGGUCCAACGGAGACCAUGUUACAUAUCAAAACUGGUAUCCUGGCCAUCCUAUUUUAAAGGAAGAAACAUGUUCUACAACUCCAACCAGCACCUUAAAUAUUGUUCUGACGAGUAACAGCCCAGUUACCGUUCUAACCAGUAUCCCAGGAAAUAAUUCAACCAGUACCCCAGUGACUAAUUCAACUAGUACCCCAGUGACUAAUUUAAACAGUACAUCCUCAAUGACUGCUCCAAACAGUGCAACCCCAGUGACUGAUUCAACCAGUACCACCCUAAUGAGCUCUACAACAUCACCUAUUAGCAGCACAGAGGACCAGUGCCCCCUACUGACACAAAUGCUUAAUUGUCUAAAUAUGUCAUACUGUAUAAAUAAAACUGGGACCACGGGCAGUACAACUCCUCCACCUUUAUACCAAACACUACUGCCAGUUAAUAUCACCACACAAACAAUAUGUGAUGAUAAUGCUGAUUUAGACCCUGAAAGGUAUAUUGAGGACGCUUGUGUGGCCUUGCUCAGUUAUGGCAUGUGGAUUGAGAAACAUUGCAAUGAAAAUCUUUCCUACAUCUGUUAUGAUGAGCGUUUUAUGGGGGAAAUACACAUUUCCAAUGUGAAUGAAAAUGGGGCUAAUCUAUCCUGGAGUCCCGCACCAGGGAACAUUACUCACUACACAGUGGUAGUUAAAGCAGACCAAAAUCUGACUCUUAAUGUAACUGAGACAGGCCUGUCUAAGCAUUUAUUGAACCUUGAAGAAUCAACUCGAUACGAUGUUCAGGUCUUCCCACUCAAAUGUGACAGGGAUCUCAACCCUCAGAAUAUUUCUUUCUAUACCACCCCAUCUGCUGUUUAUAAUCUGAAUGUAACGAAGGUGACAAAUGAAAGCAUUGAACUGAGCUGGGAUCACUCAGGAAAACCUGAUUUAUAUUCAGUAAAAGUGUCUUAUGUCAAUUGGAUCAGCACUCCCCCAGUGAUUGAUUCAACCAGUACUACCCCAGUGACUAAUUCAACCAGUAUAACCCCAGUGACCAAUUCAACCAGUAUCACCCUAGUGACUAAUUCAACCAGUAUAACCCCAGUGACCAAUUCAACCAGUAUAACCCCAGUGACCAAUUCAACCAGUAUAACCCCAGUGACCAAUUCAACCAGUAUAACCCCAGUGACCAAUUCAACCAGUAUAACCCCAGUGACCAAUUCAACCAGUAUAACCCCAGUGACUGAUUCAACCAGUAUAAUCCCAGUGACCAAUUCAUCCAGUAUAACCCCAGUGACCGAUUUAACCAGUAUAACGCCAGUGACCGAUUCAACCAGUAUAACCCCAGUGACCAAUUCAACCAGUAUAACCCCAGUGACCAAUUCAACCAGUAUAACCCCAGUGACUGAUUCAACCAGUACCACCCCAGAAACUGUAUCAGAAAUACAUAAUGCAACAGAAAAGAAAAUUGUGAUAUCAGGUCUUAGACCAGCAAAAAUGUAUAAUUUGACAGUUACUGCUAUAGUUAAUGGUACUACAGAAAGUGUGCCAGAGAGCGUUUCUACUUACACCAAGCCUUCACGUGUCCUGAAUCUAAAAUCAGCAGAUAAUAAUGAUGCAGUUAUAUAUGCUGCCUGGACAAAACCUGAUGAAACACUUUCGGGUUAUCGUGUUUGUCUUAAUGAAAACAAUAUAUUUUGCAAUAAUUGCAGUGAUUGCAACGAGUGCAUUGAGUGUGUAAACUGUACAAUCACAACAGCUGAGCGGAUAAACUUUACAAAUAAAACAUCUGGCACAAAAUAUAUUCUGUGUGUGGCUGCACUAACAAACAACAAUGAAACACAAGGAGAAAUGGUUCAAAUUGCUGCAUACACACGUCCAAAAGCAGUGACAGAACUGAAGUUAACUGCAACUUUUCAAUCCAUUACUGCCAACUGGAAUUUAACUGAAGGUUAUAAAAUAUUCAAUGUGAGCAUUAAAGCAGAUGGCUGGGUUGGUACGUCUAAAGUCACUGAUAAAUUGUAUCAUACUUUCGAAGAUCUGCAAGCAGCAGUAAACUACACCAUCACUGUCAUCACUCUUUCUGAGAAAUAUAAACUGGAAAGUGAUCCUGCUGAACAAUCAGUGUAUACCAAAAUUAUUCCUCCUGGAAAUGCAACAGCCAUUGUUCUCAAUCAAACUGCCAUAAAACUAACUUGGGAAGUUCCCAAAGAGUUGACAGGAAACUCAACAAUUACGUAUAAGGUGACGGCUCACUCUAAUUACUGGAAUGAAACUCAUAAAAAGAAUGUAACCCAGAAUACUUUCAUCUUUAAUGAUUUAAAGUCGGGAACAAACUAUAACUUCAGGGUCAGUGUUGUGGCUGGCAAUGAUGAGAGUGAUCCAGUCUUUGCUUAUAAUAUGACAGUGCCUUAUAAGAAGAAAGUGACCUUUGCAGUGAUGUGCACCAGUGAAACAUCACUUUACUGUAGCGAGAAUACAACUCUGGCAGAAAUAAAAGAAGAGCUUGAAAAAAAGUUUGGAAAGGAAUAUAAAGAUGUUCACUGGAAACUCAAAGAGAUUGACAGAAAAUGAUGUUAUCACAAUCUCUGCAACAAAAGCUUGGUUGGUAAAACCAACCUGAUGAUGCAGCAUGGUUUUAUUGUUAUCAAAUAAUAAAAUAACAAAAUAUUGACAAAAUAACAAAAUAUUGACAAUCUAUAUUAACUUUUAACUCUUAUGUAACUUUUGAAUUUAUUUACCAAUUUCCACGGAUUACUGCCCUGCGGUCUUGAUACCCAGACUUACUACUGAUAUAAAUAACAGCAAAACAGACAAUCAGUUAAGUUUUAACUUCAUUUAGUUGCAGUUCCUCAGUUUAUCAACUUUCUUACAGAUGCAUUGUGUUGAUUGCCUGAAUUAUUGGAAAUUGAUAUGUAUAUUUUCAUUAUUAAAAUUAAGCUAUAAUGUUUCUUUAUAGUUUUCAUCUUUAUAUUUUCAUGCAUUUAUCUGCCAAAAAUGAUUUGUAAAACAAAGUUUGGUUUAUUUGACCAUACAGCCUGCGAAAUAAUGUUUCAGGAACCUUUGUGUAAGAGUUUACGGAGUUAUUUUUAAAAUGCAGACUGCAGUCUUUUUAUAUGUCUAGUCUUUCUAAGAUGGGUCUUUGGGUAAAUAUUCCCUUGUGCUUCACUGUUUCUGUCAGUAUGUAUUGGUGAAAUUAUUGAUUCAUGAUUGCUUGGUUUUCUCAUCAUAAAUAAACUUAGGUAAAUAAAUAAACUUAGA